AUGGGCAACGUCACUGAACUCCUCGACAUAGCACCAGUAGACCUCUUCCACGGCCUAAGCAAGUCCUUCACCGCAGACAUGCCCGACGUCUUAUUCUCCGCAGCCAUGAAAUCCCAAGCAAUGGACAUGGAAUUCAUAUGGGUUUCUGAAAAAGGACCUCCCGGCCAGAAUAGCCUCACUUCCGGCCUCAACAUAACACCAACUCACUCCUUUGCAAACUGCCCACCCCUGGAUAUAGCGCUUAUCGGCGCUCACAAGGUCGGCUACGAACCGUCCGAAACAGAACUCGCCUUCGUCCGCCAGACAUACGACUCCUGCACGGCAUUCAUCACCGUCUGCGGCGGCGUGGAAGUACCCCUUCGUGCGGGUCUACUCUCCGGAAAGAGGGCCACGGGACCGCGAUUUAUACUGGAGAUGUUGAGGGAGAAGGCGCCGGAUGUGAAGUGGGUUGAGAAGCGGUGGGUGCGAGAUGGUAAGCUUUGGACUAGUGGUGCCUUGUUGAAUGGGUUGGAUUUGGGGACGGCGUUUGUGGAGGAGUUUUGGGGGGAUAGAAGGGAGUUGCUUGGGUUUUUGGUCAACGGAGGGAGUUGGGUUGGCAGAGAGGUGGAUUAUACGGAUGGGAGGUAG